CCUCAACAUCGCUUGACCACCCACCCCUUGAGCCGCGCAGCAACAAUGGCGCCCACAACGCUCAGACUCACGAACCGCUCGCCCAAGCAGCCCGUGAAGCGGCUCCCCGCCUCGGUCGAGCUCCCUGCCGAGGCCACCGUCGAGGACCUCAAGAAGCUCAUCGCCCAGACGUCCAAGGUUGGCGACUUCAACCGCAUCGGCCUUUUCGACCCGACGACGAAGAAGACGCUCAAGAACCGCAAGGCCCGCAUCUUUGAUGAGCAAAACGUCAGCGCCGCCGGCGAGGUGCUCGUCAAGGACCUCGGCCCGCAGAUUGCUUGGCGCACCGUCUUCCUCAUCGAGUACCUGGGCCCGAUCCUGAUUCACGUCCUCGUCGUCGCCGCGCGGCCGUACAUCUACCGUGAUGCCGGCGCCACCCCCGAGGCCAUGUCCUUCACCCAGUGGCUCAGCUUUGGCAUGAUCGUCGCUCACUUUGUCAAGCGCGAGCUCGAGACGCUCUUCGUACACAAGUUCUCGGCCAACACGAUGCCAGUCUUCAACAUCUUCAAGAACAGCGUCUUCUACUGGGCCCUGUCCGGCCUGCUCUGUGCCUUGUCCAUCUAUCACCCACGCUCCCUGGCUGCCCGUGCAGACCUCCCCGUUAUCGACGCUGUCGGCACCGCCCUGUACCUGUUUGCCGAGAUGGGCAACGCCACGGUGCACCUGUACCUGUCGUCGCUGCGGUCGCCUGGCGGCACCGAGCGCCAGAUCCCCUCGGGCAACGGAUUCGGGCUCGUCACCUGCCCCAACUACAUGUUCGAGAUCCUGGCGUGGGUGGGCAUCAUUGUCGCCAGCCGCGACUGGGCCGUCGCCGUCUUCAUCAGUGUGGGCGCUGCGCAGAUGUAUACCUGGGCGCGGGGCAAGGAGAGCGCAUAUCGCAAGGAGUUUGGCGACAAGUACAAGAAGAAGCGCUACGUCAUCCUCCCCGGCUUGCUGUAAAGCACUGUUGUAAAGUAGGGGCGGUUGACGCCACAUGGCCGCUUGGGCAAGUCAAGGAGUGGAAGUGUGACUCUGCUAUGGGAGGAUAAGCCUCGCUGCUACCAGCGUCGCAAGUGUGCAACUACACCAAAAGAAUGAGAGUGGGAUGUGCUGGGGCAGAAAAGGGAAUACAUAACGUAUUGAUACAAUGGGCAUGGAGCGGGUUUGAAACGGUAUUUGAUCGUGUAUUCGUUGCGCGAGCUUGGCCGUGAUCAUCAUUCAUCGUAAUCGUCAUACGGUGCGCUUGUAAGCUUCCAUCAUCCUAGG